AUGGAAUUAGGAUCAAACAGUCUUUCUUCAUUGGCACCACCUAUGUUUGAUGGUGAAAACUACCAGGCAUGGGCUAUUAGAAUGCAAGCCUACAUGGAAGAGUACUCAGAUAAAUUGAUUGGGAUUGUUAACAAGGCAAGAGCAUUAGGAACCAAUUUAUCUGACAAUAGAUUGGUUCAAAAGAUUUUAGUUUCAGUACCUGAGAGAUUUGAAGCAACCAUUGCUUCCUUAGAAAAUAUUAAAGAUCUUUCAACACUCAAGGUGAUAGAAGUGGUUAGUGCUUUGCAAGCACAAAAGCAGAGAAGGUUGAUGAGACAGGAAGGAAGCAUUGAGGGGGCAUUGAAAGCUAGAAUGCAACAGGGAGAAGGUGGAAGAAAGAAGAAGGGGAAAGGGAAGAAGGGAAGUGGCAGCAGUAGCUCAGAAUCUGCUGCAAAAGAUGCUGGUAGUACAUGCAAGCAUUGUGGGAAGCAGAAUCAUCCACAUUUCAGAUGCUAG